UUAGCCCCGAAAAGCUUGAAUUCGGGUUCGGAAUAUUAAAAAAAAAAAAAAAAAACAGCCUGGCGUCUUCAUGUCACGAUGCCUUGCUCGUGUGGGAAUUGGAGAAGAUGGAUUCGGCCUUUGGUGGUCUUGUUGUAUAUUUUACUGCUACUUGUGGUCCUGCCGCUGUGCAUUUGGGAACUUCAGAAGUCGGCGGUUGGCACUCAUAACAAGGCAUGGUUCAUAGCUGGGAUAUUUGUCUUCAUGACCAUCCCCAUAUCAUUAUGGGGCAUCCUGCAGCAUUUGGUUCACUACACUCAGCCUGAGCUUCAGAAACCGAUCAUCAGAAUAUUGUGGAUGGUGCCAAUAUACAGCUUGGAUAGUUGGAUUGCCCUGAAAUAUCCCCACAUCGCCAUUUACGUGGACACGUGCCGCGAGUGCUACGAGGCCUACGUGAUCUACAACUUCAUGACCUUCCUGCUCAACUACCUAGAGAACCAGUACCCGAGUUUGGUCAUGAUGCUGGAGGUCCAGGAGCAACAAAAGCACCUCCCGCCCCUCUGCUGCUGCCCGCCUUGGCCCAUGGGAGAGGUUUUGCUCUUGAGGUGCAAGCUGGGAGUCCUGCAGUACACAGUGGUUCGACCCGUCACGACGGUUAUCGCUCUCGUCUGUCAACUGUGCAAAGUGUACGACGAAGGCAACUUCAGCUCCACCAACGCUUGGACCUACCUGGUGAUCGUCAACAACAUGUCCCAACUGUUUGCCAUGUACUGCCUGGUGCUGUUCUACAGGGCUCUGCGAGAGGAGCUGAGUCCCAUCAAGCCGGUGGGCAAGUUCCUGUGCGUUAAAAUGGUGGUGUUCGUCUCGUUUUGGCAGGCUGUGCUCAUCGCCUUGCUGGUGAAGGUGGGCGUCAUCUCAGAGAAACGCACGUGGGACUGGCAAAGUGUGGAGGCCGUAGCCACCGGACUACAGGACUUUGUGAUCUGCGUGGAGAUGUUCCUGGCAGCUAUAGCUCAUCACGUGAGCUUCACGUACAAGCCUUACAUCCAGGAGGCCGAGGAGGGCUCCUGCUUUGACUCCUUCAUGGCCAUGUGGGACGUCUCCGACGUCAGGGCCGACAUCUCGGAACAAGUCCGCAAUGUCGGUCCGUGACAAUUCAAUUCCAUUUUU